UGCCCUGGUGUUGUGUUUUGCAGCUGGACCAGAUCUGCAUUUCUUUUGACGAAGGGAAAACGACAAUGAACUUCAUUGAGGCAGCGCUGUUGAUCCAGGGGUCUGCCUGUGUCUACAGUAAGAAGGUGGAAUACCUCUACUCGCUGGUCUACCAGGCUCUUGAUUUCAUCUCUGGCAAGAAGCGGGCCAAGCAGCUCUCCUCAGUGCGGGAAAAUGGGGCCAAUGGGGACAGCAGCUCCACGGCUCCCCAGGAGGUGGAGGACCAGUUCCUGUCGCUGGAUGACCUCCCUGACUCCCGUGCUAAUGUGGAUCUGAGGAAUGACCUGCCCCCCCGGGAGGUCCUCAUCGUCCCUCUCCUGCCCAUGGCCCUUGUGGCUCCUGAUGAGAUGGAGAAGAAUGUCAACCCCCUGUACAGCUGUCAGGGGGAGGUCCUGGCCAGCCGGAAGGAUUUUAGGAUGAAUACGUGCACCCCCCACCCCCGAGGAGCCUUCAUGUUGGAGCCAGUGGGCAUCUCCCCCGUGGAGACACUGCUGCCGCGAAACCAGAACGAGGCUGAGAGGGCUGAGGAGCAGCCAAUGGAAGUCUCUGUGUGCGGUCCUGUCCCUGUGCUCAGCAUCUCCCAGGAGCCAGGUGCCUCUCCAGCAGGCCCGAUGCCUGGAGGUGGUGGUGAGGAUGAGGAUGCAGAGGGGGCAGCAGAGCUCCCUGAGGCCACAGCCCCCGAGGUCCCUCAGGAGCCCCAGGAACCCAGAAGCCCACAGCAGAGUGCUGCCCAGCCUAGAAGGUGUGUGCUGCGGGAGCGACGGGAGCCAGUGUCCCUGCUGAAGGAGACUCCAGACCCCUGGCAGAGCCUGGACCCCUUUGAUUCCCUGGACUCUAAGCCCUUCAAGAAAGGUAGGCCUUACUCCGUGCCCCCCUGUGUGGAGGAAGUUCCAGGACAGAAGCGCAAGAGGAAGGGUGCCAGCAAGCUGCAGGACUUCCACCAGUGGUACCUGGCUGCCUAUGCUGACCACGCCGACGGCAGGAGGCCCCGGCGAAAGGGCCCGUCCUUUGCAGACAUGGAGGUCCUGUACUGGAAGCACGUGAAGGAGCAACUGGAGACUCUCCGGAAGUUGCAGAGGAGGAAGAUGGCUGAGCGGUGGCUGCCGAGGCCUGAGGAGGGGCUGUGGCCUGUGGAGGACCAGCUGGAGGACUCCCUGGAGGAUCUGGAGACAGCAGCAGAUGACUUUCUGGAGCCUGAGGAGUAUGCAGAGCCUCAGGAGGCAAUGCCUGGGGAAGCUGCGGACCUGGAAGCAGAGGCCAUGCCAGCGUCCCUGAGCUAUGAAGAGCUGGUCCGAAGGAAUGUGGAGCUCUUCAUCGCCACCUCUCAGAAGUUCGUCCAGGAGACGGAGCUGAGCCAGCGCAUCAGGGACUGGGAGGACACUAUCCAGCCCCUGCUCCAAGAGCAGAUCUUGCCCCUCCUCCUUGCAGGAACAGCAUGUGCCCUUCGACAUCCAUACUUAUGGGGACCAGGUAGUCUCAAGGUUCAGCCAGCUCAACCAGUGGUGUCCCUUUGCGGAGCUGGUAGCUGGCCAACCUGCCUUCGAGGUGUGUCGUUCCAUGCUGGCGUCCCUGCAGCUGGGCCAGCGCUGUAGUACACGCGGUAGCUGCGGCUCACCUGGGCUACCUGCUCAGCAGAACCGGUCAGGCCCAGCAGCCGUGGGUGGAAGUCCUGUACGUAGCGGGCCAUGGCUGCAACGGUGUCCCGUUCGGGGUCCACAGUGAUGAAGACGGGCUGCACCGGGGGCAGGCCGGGCUCGGCCUCCAGCUCCUGUACCACCUGCACCAGCUUCUCCAGCUCGUCGGGGCAGAUGUCGGGGCAGUGAGUGAACCCAAAGUACAUCAGGACCCACUGACCCCGGAAGUCAGCUUUGCAGCGCGCUUGUCCCCGGUGGUCCAGCAGGCUGAAGUCACCCUGGCCCACAGCUGCCUGGCGCAGGGCCUCGGUCCGCUGUUGCUGUCGCCUCCGCUCCUUCUCAGCCCUUGCAGCCAGCCAGGCCCCGCCCAAUCCAGCCCCAAACAAACCAGUGAUCAACAGCCUGGUCCGAAACCCAGGGCCCUGGGGCUGGGUCUGCCUGCCCCUCUCUCCAGGGCCCUGCCUUGACAGGAGCCGGUACCUCACAUGUCGGGCCUCACCUCCCGGGGUCCAAAGGAGCGCUGGGGGCUUGAGAGGAGAGAGCCUGUGCCAAGCCUUGGGUGCCCAAAUCAGCAGCAGCAUGGGCCUGAUGCUCCUGGAAGAGAGCACAGCUGUCAGGAGACUGUAGUGGCCUCAGCCUCCUGGGCCAACGCCCAUGGUUCUGGGGAGACUUGCCACCAUGUGAAGGACCAAGCCCAUACUCCUGCUCACUGCAACUGCAACUGCUCCCUUAGUGCUCUGUCGGGCACACAAGUGCUUCCCCGAUGAGAAAAAGCUCCAGCUUAGGUGUCCCCCGGUGCCCAUGGCUGUUACGCCUGUCCUCCCACCCUGGCCCUGGGUCCUGUGCCGGCAGCACUGUGUGGCCUGGGGAAGCACUCCUGCACCUCACCAUCUCAGCGGACCAAGCAUCCCAAGUGCAUGCCUUGCCGAGUUCCUGAGCGUGUGUACCUGUGCAAUAAACCCCAUUUCUUGAAA